UGAACUGCAAAGCUGAAGGCAGGCCAACUCCUACUAUAGAGUGGUAUAAAGAUGGUGAGAGGGUGGAAACUGACAAAGAUGAUCCCCGAUCCCACCGCAUGCUGCUGCCUAGUGGAUCUUUAUUUUUCUUGCGUAUCGUGCAUGGACGUAGAAGCAAGCCUGAUGAAGGAAACUAUGUGUGUGUGGCAAGGAACUAUCUUGGUGAGGCAAUGAGUCGCAAUGCAUCUCUGGAAGUGGCAUUAUUAAGAGAUGACUUCCGGCAAAAUCCCACAGAUGUUGUUGUGGCAGCUGGAGAGCCUGCCAUCUUGGAGUGCCAGCCUCCCCGAGGACAUCCAGAGCCCACCAUCUAUUGGAAGAAAGACAAAGUUCGAAUUGAUGACAGAGAAGAGAGAAUAAGUAUCCGUGGUGGAAAACUGAUGAUUUCAAACACUAGAAAGAGUGACGCGGGCAUGUAUACCUGUGUUGGCACAAAUAUGGUGGGAGAAAGAGACAGUGAUCCAGCAGAACUGACCGUCUUUGAGCGACCCACUUUCCUCAGACGGCCAAUUAACCAAGUGAUACUGGAAGAAGAAGCUGUUGAAUUUCGAUGUCAGGUCCAGGGAGAUCCUCAACCAACUGUAAGAUGGAAGAAGGAUGAUACAGACUUACCAAGAGGAAGAUUCGACAUCAAAGAUGAUUACACAUUGAGGAUUAAAAAGGCCAUGAGUUCAGAUGAGGGCUCCUAUACGUGUGUUGCUGAGAAUCGGGUUGGAAGAGUGGAAGCAUCUGCUACUCUCACUGUUAGAGCUCGUCCUGUUGCUCCUCCACAGUUUGUGGUUAGGCCAAGAGAUCAGAUUGUAGCUCAAGGUCGAACAGUUACAUUUCCCUGUGAAACUAAAGGAAAUCCUCAGCCAGCUGUUUUUUGGCAGAAAGAAGGCAGCCAGAACUUGCUUUUCCCAAACCAGCCUUUACAACCCAGCAGCAGAUGUUCAGUGUCACCAACUGGAGAUCUUACUAUUACAAACAUUCAGAGGUCUGAUGCAGGCUACUAUAUUUGUCAGGCCUUAACUGUUGCAGGAAGUAUUUUAGCAAAGGCCCAGCUGGAAGUUACUGAUGUUUUGACAGAUAGGCCUCCACCUAUAAUUCUGCAAGGCCCGGCCAACCAGACAUUAGCAGUAGAUGGUACAGCUCUGCUGAAAUGUAAAACCACGGGUGAUCCUCUUCCUGUUAUUAGCUGGUUGAAGGAAGGAUUCACUUUUCUGGGUAGAGAUCCAAGAACAUCUUUACAAGAACAAGGAACGCUGCAGAUUAAGAAUUUACGUAUUUCUGAUACUGGAACUUACACAUGUGUGGCUACAAGUUCAAGUGGGGAGACAUCAUGGAGUGCUGUGUUAGAUGUAACUGAGUCUGGAGCAACAAUCAGUAAAAAUUAUGAUUUAAAUGAACUGCCUGGAUCACCAUCCAAACCUCAGGUCACUGAUGUCAGUAAGAACAGUGUCACCUUGUCCUGGCAACCAGGCAGCCCUGGAAGCCUACCAGCUAAUGCAUAUAUCAUUGAGGCCUUUAGCCAAUCAGUGAGCAAUAGCUGGCAAACUGUGGCAAACCACGUAAAGACAACGCUGUACACUGUAAGAGGACUGCGGCCUAAUACAAUCUACUUGUUCAUGGUGAGGGCUAUCAACUCUCACGGUCUUAGUGACCCUAGCCCCAUGUCUGAUCCUGUGCGCACACAAGAUAUAAGCCCACCAGCACAAGGAGUAGACCACAGACAAGUGCAGAAAGAACUGGGGGAUGUCAUCGUACGUCUUCAUAACCCUGUUGUGUUGACUCCUACCACAGUUCAAGUUACAUGGACAGUUGAUCGUCAGCCCCAAUUUAUACAAGGCUAUCGAGUCUUGUAUCGCCAGACAUCAGGCCUCCAGUCUCCAUCAACAUGGCAAAACGUAGAUGCUAAAGUGCCUACAGAACGCAGUGCUGUUCUGGUUAAUCUGAAAAAAGGUGUGACUUAUGAAAUUAAAGUUCGGCCAUAUUUUAAUGAGUUUCAAGGAAUGGAUAGUGAAUCAAAGUCAGCUCGUACUACUGAGGAAGCUCCAAGUGCUCCUCCACAAUCUGUCACAGUACUGACAGUUGGAAACCACAACAGCACAAGUAUCAGUGUUUCCUGGGACCCUCCUCCUCCAGAUCAUCAAAAUGGAAUUAUCCAGGAAUAUAAGAUCUGGUGUUUGGGAAAUGAAACUCGGUUUCAUAUCAAUAAAACUGUGGAUGCAUCAAUUCGAUCUGUAGUGAUUGGUGGAUUAUUCCCAGGCAUUCAGUAUCAGGUAGAGGUUGCAGCAAGCACCAGUGCAGGAAUUGGUGUGAAAAGUGAUCCACAGUCCAUCAUUAUUGGGGGACGUAAUGAAGUUGUCAUCACUGAAAAUAACAACAGCAUAACUGAGCAAAUAACAGAUGUCGUGAAGCAACCAGCCUUUAUAGCUGGUAUUGGAGGUGCAUGCUGGGUAAUUCUGAUGGGUUUCAGCAUCUGGUUGUAUUGGCGCAGAAAGAAGAGAAAGGGACUCAGCAAUUAUGCUGUCACUUUUCAAAGAGGUGAUGCAGGACUAAUGAGCAAUGGAAGCCGACCAGGGUUACUAGAUGCCAGUGACCCCAGUUAUCCUUGGCUUGCAGACUCAUGGCCAGCUACUAGUUUACCUGUGAACAAUAGCAGUAGUGGGCCAAAUGACAUUGGAAAUUUUGGUCGUGGAGAUGUGCUGCCACCAGUGCCAGGCCAAGGAGAUAAAACAGCUACUAUGCUUUCUGAUGGAGCCAUUUAUAGCAGCAUUGACUUCACCACCAAAACGACUUAUAAUAGUUCAAGCCAAAUAACACAAGCUACACCAUAUGCCACCACACAGAUCCUACACUCCAACAGCAUUCAUGAAUUGGCUGUUGAUCUGCCUGAUCCUCAGUGGAAAAGUUCAAUUCAGCAGAAAACAGACUUGAUUGGAUUUGGUUAUUCUCUUCCGGAUCAAAACAAAGGUAACAAUGGUGGGAAAGGUGGAAAGAAGAAGAAAAAUAAAAACUCUUCUAAAACCCAGAAAAACAAUGGAUCGAGCUGGGCUAAUGUCCCACUACCUCCUCCUCCAGUUCAGCCCCUCCCUGGCACAGAGCUAGAACACUAUGCAGCAGAUCAGCAGGAAGCUGGCUAUGACAGUGAUGGCUGGUGUCCACCAUUACCAGUUCAAACAUAUUUACACCAAGGCAUGGAGGAUGAGCUAGAGGAAGAUGAUGACCGAGUCCCAACGCCUCCUGUUCGAGGAGUGGCCUCUUCACCUGCCAUCUCAUUUGGACAACAGUCUACUGCAACUCUAACACCUUCCCCACGUGAAGAGAUGCAACCCAUGCUUCAGGCUCACCUUGAUGAGCUGACCAGAGCCUAUCAGUUUGACAUAACAAAGCAAACAUGGCACAUGCAAAGCAAUACCCAACCUCCUCAGCCCCCAGUUCCACCAUUAGGUUAUGUUUCUGGAACCCUGAUUUCAGAUUUGGAGACGGAUAUUCCAGAUGAUGAUGAUGACGAUGAUGAUGAUGAGGAGGAAGAGGAGGAGGAGGAGGAGGCAUUAGAAAUUACUAGGCCCCUGAGAGGUCAAGAGCAGACUCCAGGAUCCAGUAUGGACAAUCUAGACAGUUCUGUGACAGGCAAAGCAUUCUCUUCUUCUCAAAGACCUCGACCAACCAGUCCCUUUUCUACUGACAAUAACACCAGUACAACGCUGAAUCAGAGUCAGAGGCCUAGGCCCUCUAAAAAACACAAGGGAAGUAAAUUGGACCAACCCCCACUGCCUCAUCGCAGGGAGGGAAUGACAGAUGAUCUUCCACCACCACCAGAUCCCCCACCAGUUCAGGGUUUAAGGCACCAAAUAGGCCCUGGCCAACAUGGUGGUAACAUGGAAAAUUCCGCAGAGAGAAAAGGAAGCUCUCUGGAGAGGCAACAUGCAUCCCCCAUAGAUGAAACAAAGAAUUCAUUGGAUCUACACGCUAGAACCUCACUAGAGUGGCAGCGGGAAACGCAGGAAUGGAUAAGCUCCACAGAACAUCAAGAAGAUUUAAGGAGAGUCCCACACAAACAAGCCUUUGGAUCAGAGGAGGCCCUGGUACCCUACAGUAAGCCCAACUUCCCAUCGCCAGGUGGACACAGCUCGUCAGGAACAGCUUCUUCGAAAGGAUCAACUGGACCUAGAAAAGGCGAAGUCUUGCGGGGAAGUCACCAGCGCAAUGCCAGUGACCUUCUUGACAUAGGCUACAUGGGAUCCAAUAGUCAAGGACAGUUUACAGGUGAAUUAUAGUAGUUGAGAAGAGAAAUGCAAAGCUGCUCUGAAGGACCAUCAGGUCUGAACUCAUGGAAGUGAUGACACUAAACAGUGCAAUGAACAAUUUCUUUAUUUAUGUACUAUUAAAAGAAUUGUAAAUGCAAUGUAAAGACACACAGCCACACAUAUCCCACAGAUAUUUUACUUGUAUUCUCUUAAAGACACCAUCCACCUUAACUAUUUCUUGUCAGGAGUAUAUAGAAAAGAAAGAAAAAAAAUCACCCUCCAGGAUGAAAAGGAUUUUCCUCUGUAUAUAAUUUCUUUUGUUGCAUUGCUAUGCAAGUUCACUGUCUUUUUAGCUAUGUUCAUAUUACUGUCUGUUCUUACUAGUCUGUUGUACUAUAUGUGAAUUAAUAGGCUGUGGUGCCAUAUAUUAACUUUUAAUUGUGUAACUUUUAUGUUUAAAGUUUGCACUGCAAUUUUAUUUGGUGAUAAGCACAAAUCUCUACUCCUCAUGACAUAAAGAAAAAAGACUGAAUGUGAAGGGAGUUUAUUGUACUGUAAGCUAUGUUGAAUAAUGCAGGAUGUAACUGAUUAUGUUAUAUGGUUUUCCAUUGGGGUAUAGGAACAUGUAGAAGAUGAAAAGGAAAAUUGAUGUUGGCAAAGGCUUAUUUGAACAUCAGGGACUAAUUCAAUUAAAAAAAGCAAGAUGGCUGCUUUUACUGUUUUAAAAAGUAUAUGGGGUUCAAAAGAAAGGUGUUCAAAAAGAAAGGAAUGAAUAUAUAUAAAAUAUUCAUAUAGCUAUGAUAUACUUGAUGAAAAAAA